AUGCCUACCAGACCUCAUUCUACAAGAAUCCUGUCAGAGACAAGCAAACCAGAAAAAAUUCCCAUCUAUGUGCCUAACAUCCAAGAGCCAACAAGCAGAGCUGAGCUCAUUAAGUACUGGUUUAAUUUGACUUUGGAUGACAAGACUGCCAACAAGAUGUUGUGGAUUUCUGACAGUGGGUCUAAGGUUUGUCGUAGAACUGAGGAGAUUUGUCCUGUCCUGGAUAGACCAGAAAGAUAUGAGUGCUCUCCACAGGUGGUUUGCAAAGAGGGGAUUUGGAACAUGAGGACUUACUGGGAAGUGGACUACUCAGGCUGGGUGGUAAUUGGAGCCACCUAUGAAGGAGCAGGACGGAGGUCAGACUCUGGGCCAAGCGGCCUUGGAGAAAAUGAGGAGUCCUGGGGUCUGUGCUGGUCAGGAACACGUUACCAGAUCUGGUUUAACGGGGUCAACAAAGAUAUAUACGAUGUCCCAUAUUGCUCAACAAUUGGGGUUUACAUCGACCAGCCUGCAGGCAUUAUAAGUUUUUACACUGUAACUGGUGAGGGUGCAGAGAGGGAGGUUAAACUGUUGCACAGGGUAAUGACUACGAUUGAGAAGAAGAUUCUUCCAGGUUUCUGGAUGGGAAUUCAAUCCUCGUGUACAAUACUGAAGAUAGCAGAUUAA